GCAGCAAGCUGCAAUCCUGGAAGACUUGGUGACAAAUGUGCCCCUGGAGUUUGAUUUCCUCUUCUCCAAAUCACAUGCAGAAGUGAUCUCAGGGAAGCAGGAAGGUGUCUAUGCGUGGAUUGGCAUCAACUUUGUCCUGGGACGGUUUGAUCAUGAGGAUGAGGAGGAUGCAGUGGUCACCGUAGCACUCGGGGACCAGGGGAAGCCCCUAGUUCGGAAACGAACAGUUGGAAUCCUCGACAUGGGAGGCGCCUCCCUGCAGAUUGCCUACGAGGUGCCCGACUCCGGGGCCAUCUCCUCCCCACAGCAGGACGAGGCUGCUAAGAGCUUGCUGGCAGAAUUCAACCUGGGCUGUGACGUGCAGCACACUGGCCACAUGUACCGCGUCUACGUCAACACUUUCCUGGGCUUCGGGGGCAAUUUUGCCCGGCAGCGAUAUGAGGAGCACGUGCUGAACCAAACCUAUGUGCACAACCGCCUGCACAACCAGCAGACAGGGCUGAGCCCCAAGAUGCCCUUCUUGGACCCCUGCCUGCCUGUGGGGCUGGAGGACACAGUAGUGAGGGGUGGCCAAACCCUGUACAUCAGGGGACGAGGGGACUGGCAGGCCUGUGCAAAGCUGCUGCAGCCCCUCCUGGCAGGGUCCAAUGGCAGCCAUGUCUCCCUGGUGGAGACCUACAAAGCGCCCAUCGACUUCAGCAACAGCGAGUUUUACGGCUUCUCAGAGUUCUUCUACUGCACCGAGGACGUGCUGCGCCUGGGGGGCCAGUACAGCGCCCCUGCCUUCACCUCUGCUGCCCAGGAGUACUGCAGCCAGCGAUGGGAGGUGCUGACCCAGCGUUUCCGUGGCGGCCUCUACUCGGCGCACGCUGACCAGCACCGGCUGAAGUAUCAGUGCUUUAAAUCAGCCUGGAUGUACCAAGUCCUUCACGAGGGCUUCCAGUUCCCAGUGGACUAUCCCAGCCUGCGCACGGCCCAGCUGGUGUACGACCGGGAGGUGCAGUGGACCCUGGGAGCCAUCCUCUACAAGACGCGAUUUCUGCCGCUCAGGGAUCUCCGUCAGGAGAGCAUCCGGCAAGCACACCCCUCCUGGCUGCGCCUCUCUUUCGUCUACAACCACUAUCUGUUCUUUGCCUGCAUCCUGGUCGUGGCGCUGGCCAUCGUGCUCUACCUCCUGCGGCUGCGCCGCAUCCACCGCCGGCAGCUGCGCUUGGCCCAGCGCACGCUGCUCUGGCUGGACAAGGUGGUGGUGCCGCUGGGCCCGGGGAGCGUGCCGUGAUGCCAGAGGUGCCCAGCAUCCAGUUGCACCAGCAGAACCAGGACUGGCUGACAGCCUGGGCUCUGAGAGCUUGGACUCCUCCUUAGGGACCAUCUCAAAGUCUGUGCUCCAUUGUCUCUGCGUCAGAACCGGAGUCCGUGGGCUGAGGCAGCUAUGGACACGAGAGCUUUCCUCUCCACCUUGCCCCAGUCCUAAUCUUUGCAUUCCUUGGCCUCUGGCCUUUGCCUCACUACAUGGUGUAGAGCAAAGUCCUCUGCCACCAGCAGGCUCAAGGCUGCAGCCCUGGCAGAUCCCUCAGAUAACAGGAUGCUAUCACUGAGGCAGCCAGCCCAGAGCUCUGGCCUGAAGUACUGAGCCACCCCAUGACUCAGCCACCAGGUUGCUGUGGUUUAUCGCCUGGGGUGGCCUUCUGCAGGCCUUGACAACCCAGGGGCUGAGAGAGCAGCAGACACCAGCUAAUUACUGCAGGAGCAAGGUAAACCAUGAGUUCCACCAGGCGGCUCUGCCCAGCCUGGCCCCUCUUGGAGUGUUCCUGAAGGGGUGUCCUGCUCUUUGCUAUGUCUUCUCUCUGAGGACAAUCCUACCCAACAUCCCAGACUGAGCCCUGAGGGCUCACUGAUUGAUUCUUGAGGCACCACCAAAGUGGGCUGUCUCCUUUCACGCAUUCAUUCCCUCCUGGGCACAGCUGCCCUGUGCUGUCCCAGGCACCAGUGUCAGGACCUGUGGUUUUUUCCUCCACCAGGGCGGGCUGGGCCUGCCCCUGGGAGAGCCCCCCCAGCCCAGCCCAGCCCAGCUCUCAGCCCCAGGACAGGCCAGGGCUGAGCUGUGCACACAGGCACGAACCUUCCCUGGGGCUGGAGCCCCACCAGUGGUCCAAUGAAGUUUGUCACUUUACUGAACUCAGCUAUUCCCGUUCCUGUAGCAAUAAAGAAACCCCUUGAGCCAUCCA